GUCACUCAGAGCUGAGGCUAUUUCAGAUGAUGGGCUCCUUUCCAGCCCGGGCCCAGCUGCCACUUGCCCUGAAAUGUUUGGAAGUCCGCUAUCAGAGGGGAACACAGAUCAUGGUUUAUAAUUAACGCAAUUAAAAAUAGCAAUUGAAUAAACCAACUGCAAGAAGGGCAGGGAAGCUGUUGUGUAACCAGCAGCCCAGAAGGAAACGCCAGAAGAAUGUCAUGAUCUAAAACCGUCCCAAGCAGCCGAAGAAGCUGGACCCCCAAAAGUGUCUUUCAGAAUGUCUUGGUAUUCACUAAACGCAGAUGACUUGCGGCGCCCCAGAAUACAAAGAACGUCAAGAUGCUCCUUCAGCAGCCAGCAGAGCUAUCAAACGCCAGAACUGGGAGAGCUGCAGCGCAUGCUAUGGACACCAGUUCCCUGCCGGGGCAAUGUCAAUGAAGUGUGGCCUAACCUUUACAUUGGAGAUUUGUAUAUAGCCCGGGAUAUAGAGCAGCUGCGCCGACUGGGCAUCACGCACAUUGUGAAUGCUGCUGCUGGGAGAUUCCACAUUGAUACGGGAGCCAAAUUCUACCGAGAGCUGGCCGUUGAUUACUAUGGGAUUGAAGCAGAUGACGAUCCAAAGUUUGAUCUCAGCAUUUACUUCUACCCGACUGCUAAAUAUAUCAGGGCAGCACUGAACUCACCCAGAGGGAAAGUAUUAGUUCACUGUGCCAUGGGGAUAAGCCGAUCAGCAACCCUUGUGCUUGCUUUCUUGAUGAUCUAUGAAAGCAAGACCCUUGUGGAGGCCCUAAAGACUGUGCGAGAACACAGAGGAGUCUGUCCAAACACGGGUUUCCUCAGCCAACUUCGGGAGCUUGACAUCCGGUUAAUGAGUGAAAAAGGGAAGGCAACAGGGAUCCCUUGAAACUUUAGACAGAAAAUACUUGUACCGUGACAAGUCUAAGAGGCAGGGCAGGACAAUUAUAUUUCUCAGAAACACCUAAAUUCCAAAUGUGCUAAUAGAUGUUUAUGGGCAAUGAAAUGAAAACCACUUCUCUCAUGUUAGCAUCUCAUUCAAGAUUAAAGGUGUAAACUUGG